UCUCUCCCUCACUGUCUAUUGGGGAUCAGAUGAUGAAGGCUGUUCAGUCUGCCGCUCUGUCUCUGAUGAUGAUGAUGAUGAUGAUGGUCUCUGCUGGUCCUCUUCCUGCUUCAUUCGACAGGCAUGAUGAUCUGAAUGCUGACACUUCUCACCUGCUGAAGAUCAGAGAGGAAAACUCCACCAGCAGGUUUGAGUCCCGUCAACACGUCAACAACACAGAGGAUGACGCAAGGUUUGAGUCCCGUCAACACGUCAACAACACAGAGGAUGACACAAGAGACGUGUCAUCAAACAACACGGUGGAUAACAUGGCCGCCUCUACGUUCCAGUUUGUGUUUCCACAGGACAAAGUGGAUUUGUCUCUGGGCGUGAUUAAAAUUAGAUGCGCCCUCUCCACCUGUCUGACCGCGAACCUCGCCGCCUCCCUGCAGGGUGGGGAAGAGACAGCUGGCGGCGCCACCACCGACCCAUUCGGCAUCGGAAAGAAGUGACAGGAAGCAGCUGUUAAAACAGUCAUCCUAAUCAUCAUCAUCCAUAGUUAUAUAUAUAGAUACAUAGAUAACAUAUUUGGCUUCUGAGAUCUUGGGAUGGACAACUGACCUGUUCUGCCCAUAAAGACUCAUAGAAAAAAUACUUUUCUGCUGCUUUUGGAUGUUGAUGCAAAAGAAAUUCCAAACUAAGCAACACUGAAUAACGGUUUACAAUAUUUUACUGUUAUGAAUGUAUUAGAAUUUAAUUUCACAAGAGGUAACGUUAAUCCUUCUUGUGAUGACCCUGUGGUUGUCCCUGUGGUAUGCUGUUUUGGUGUGUGUUUAACUGUGUUCCAGGGUGCCUGUAGGCGGAGCCAAGGCCAGAGGAGAUGUGGCACAUCUGUACGGCCUGGCUCACAUGAAUUUAAGAUGGCUGCAGACUCUGCUCUGGUCUCUCUCUUCACCAUACACCACCCUGGGGACACUCCAGCACUUCAUUUAUUUGUUAUACUCUUUUUUUUUUUUUUUUUCUUUUACACACACUUCAUGUUACACUCACUCAUUUGUAGUUUGGCCAAAUAAAGCCUUUAAGUACAGUAUAUGUUUGUGUGAGCUUACUCUUUUGUUUAAAGAAGGAGCCAACUUGUAACAAUCUUUUAAGCCAACAUAAAGUUGACUGUAAAAUGACUGUCCUGAUACUGAUUUAAGCUAAUGCUAGCUUGUGUCAGUUAAAGCAUUUUUUAUUAAAGUAAUUAC